AUGCGCCAGGGAUUUCUCCGCCCAUCCGCGGCGCUCAUGGAGCGCGUGCACGGCCAGCUCCGGGAUCAGGACCGUAUUUUUACAAACCUGUACGAGGACUUCGGCACCGGCAUCAACGCAGCGGAGCGCCGUGGUGACUGGUACCGCACCAAGGACAUCCUCCUCAAAGGCCAUGACUGGGUAGUCAACGAGAUCAAGGCAAGCGGCCUUCGUGGCCGUGGCGGUGCCGGCUUCCCGUCGGGGCUGAAGUGGUCCUUCAUGCCUAAGAAGAAGCAGGAUGACCGCCCGAGCUACAUUGUGGUGAACUGCGAUGAGUCGGAGCCUGGCACGUGCAAGGAUCGUGAGAUCAUGCGCCACGAGCCGCACAAGUUGGUGGAGGGAGCACUGGUGGCAGGCUUUGCGAUGCGGGCCCGCUACGGUUACAUCUACAUCCGCGGUGAGUUCUAUAACGAGUGGCGCUCGGUCGAUAAAGCGAUCCACGAGGCGUACGAGAAGGGCUACCUCGGCAAGAACGCGUGCGGUAGCGGCUGGGACUUUGACCUCUACACCUACCGCGGCGCCGGCGCGUACAUUUGCGGCGAGGAGACAGCGAUGAUCGCCAGUAUAGAGGGUGGGCAGGGAAAGCCCCGCCUGAAGCCGCCGUUCCCGGCGAACGUCGGCCUCUACGGGUGCCCGACAACGGUAACGAACUGCGAGACGGUGGCAGUGUCACCAACCAUCAUCCGGCGCGGCCCGCAGUGGUUCGCACAGUUCGGUCGCAAGGGCAACGCCGGCACGAAGCUUUUUUGCAUUUCCGGCCACGUGAACCGCCCGUGUACAGUGGAGGAAGAAAUGAGCAUCCCUCUGCAGGAGCUGAUCGAGCGACACGCCGGCGGGGUGCGUGGCGGCUGGGACAACCUGCUUUGCGUCAUCCCCGGCGGCUCCUCAUGCCCGCUCAUCCCAAAGCACAUCUGCGACAACAUCCUGAUGGACUACGACGCGCUCAAGGAAGCGCAGACCGGUCUCGGCACAGCAGCGGUGAUUGUCAUGGACAAGUCAACCGACGUGAUCAAUGCGAUUGAGCGGCUGUCGCAGUUCUACAUGCACGAGUCGUGUGGCCAGUGCACGCCGUGCCGCGAGGGCAGCCCGUGGCUGGACAAGAUGAUGAAGCGCUUUGUCCACGGGAACGCCAAAAAGGAGGAGAUCUACACCUUGUGGGACGUGUCGAAACAGAUGGAGGGUCGCUCCAUCUGUGCGCUCGGGACGGCGGCGGCAUGGCCGGUGCAGGGGCUCAUUCGCCACUUCAGACCCCUCAUGGAGGAACGCAUCGACCGCUUCUGGGAGGCGAACCCACAUUGGGGCAAGUCCGGCUCACCGUGGCGCCGCUGGAAGACGCAUCGCUACUACACACUGCAGAAGGGCGAUCGUCUCAACUGGGACGGCAAGAUUGUGCGCAACUGGAACUAG